ACCUGGUCCAUCAGAACGUGGUCCACCUGGUCCUGCUGCAUGAAGACGUGUCUCUGCAGUACUUCCUCCCUGCCGUGGCCUGAACCUCCUGCAGACCAGCUGGGUUUGGUUCUGAGGUUCUGCUCCUCUGGAGGAACUUUAAAUGUUGGUUUGGACUCUCAGCUCAGAACUGAGGACCAGUUCACCUGCUGAACUUUAGACCAGAAGUUCUCAAAGAGUUCAUGAAGAACUGAGGUCUGGAUCAUGAGCUGGUGUCAGGUUAACCUACAGGUGUUUGUUCAGGUGGUCCUCUGACUCCUCCCACCCUGAGUUCAAACACUUCACUCUGAUAAACUGAGGAUAAUAAAUGAUAUUUGUGACUGCAGUGAAGUAAACUGUGAUGUAACCUUUGAUCAAACCAGCAGACCAGUGCUACAGCAGCAGCUGCUGCAGCUAGUGCUCAUGGGAAAUGUAGUCAGAUGUUUAGGACAGGAGAAAUAAAGGUUCAUGUUUAUUCUUC